CAACGCAGUUGCUGGUGAGAGUGCAUUGGACAGAAUGGCAUGUGGCCUUGGAGGAAAACUUGUUUUACCUAUGAUUAAAGAACAUAUUAUGCAAAUGCUUCAGAAUCCUGACUGGAAGUACAGGCAUGCUGGCUUGAUGGCUCUCUCAGCCAUUGGAGAAGGUUGCCACCAACAGAUGGAAGGAAUUUUGAAUGAGAUAGUUAAUUUUGUUUUGCUAUUCCUUCAGGAUCCUCAUCCGAGGGUAAGAUAUGCAGCUUGUAAUGCUAUUGGACAAAUGGCAACAGACUUCGCACCUGGUUUCCAAAAGAAAUUUCAUGAGAAGGUAAUAGCAGCUCUUCUGCAAACCAUGGAAGACCAAGGCAACCAGCGUGUUCAAGCCCAUGCAGCUGCAGCACUCAUAAACUUCACUGAAGAUUGUCCCAAGUCGCUGCUUAUUCCGUAUUUGGAUAAUCUAGUGAAGCAUCUUCAUUCCACUAUGGUGAUAAAAUUACAAGAGUUGAUACAGAAAGGUACUAAACUAGUUUUGGAGCAAGUUGUGACUUCAAUUGCAUCAGUUGCAGAUACAGCAGAGGAGAAGUUUGUUCCCUACUAUGACUUAUUUAUGCCCUCUUUAAAACACAUUGUUGAGAAUGCUGUUCAGAAGGAACUAAGACUUUUACGAGGAAAAACUAUUGAAUGCAUUAGCCUAAUUGGUCUUGCUGUUGGUAAAGAAAAGUUUAUGCAGGAUGCCUCAGAUGUCAUGCAGCUGCUGUUGAAGACACAGACAGACUUCAGUGAUCUAGAAGACGAUGAUCCACAGAUUUCUUACAUGAUCUCAGCAUGGGCAAGAAUGUGUAAAAUUCUUGGAAAGGAAUUUCAGCAGUAUCUUCCUGUUGUCAUGGGACCUUUAAUGAAGACUGCAUCCAUUAAACCUGAAGUAGCUCUUUUAGACACACAAGAUAUGGAGAAUAUGAGUGAUGAUGAUGGUUGGGAAUUUGUAAACCUAGGAGAUCAGCAAAGUUUUGGAAUUAAAACUGCAGGCCUUGAAGAAAAAGCAACUGCAUGCCAGAUGCUGGUUUGCUAUGCAAAAGAGCUAAAAGAAGGAUUCGUGGAAUACACAGAGCAAGUUGUAAAGCUGAUGGUUCCCUUGUUGAAGUUCUAUUUCCAUGAUGGUGUUCGAGUGGCAGCAGCAGAGUCAAUGCCCCUCCUUCUUGAAUGUGCUAGAGUUCGUGGGCCAGAGUACCUCACACAGAUGUGGCACUUCAUGUGUGAUGCACUCAUCAAAGCCAUCGGGACGGAACCAGAUUCAGAUGUUCUCUCAGAAAUAAUGCAUUCUUUUGCAAAGUGCAUUGAGGUAAUGGGAGAUGGAUGCCUUAACAACGAACACUUUGAAGAACUUGGGGGAAUAUUAAAAGGAAAAUUAGAAGAGCACUUUAAAAAUCAAGAAUUAAGACAGGUGAAAAGACAAGAUGAAGACUAUGAUGAACAAGUUGAAGAGUCAUUACAAGAUGAAGAUGAUAGUGACGUUUAUAUUUUGACUAAAGUGUCAGACAUUUUGCACUCAAUAUUCAGCAGUUAUAAGGAGAAGGUGCUGCCAUGGUUUGAAAGGCUACUACCACUAAUUGUCAACCUAAUUUGUCCACAUAGGCCAUGGCCAGAUAGGCAGUGGGGUUUAUGCAUUUUUGAUGACAUUGUAGAGCACUGCAGUCCCUCCUCAUUCAAAUAUGCUGAAUACUUCCUGAGGCCAAUGCUACAGUCAAUAUGUGACAACAGCCCAGAGGUUAGGCAAGCAGCUGCUUAUGGUGUUGGAGUUAUGGCACAAUUUGGUGGGGACAGCUAUCGUCCUUUUUGCACAGAGGCGCUUCCAUUGCUGGUGAGAGUUAUUCAGUCACCAGAUGCCAAAACCAAAGAGAAUGUCAACGCGACAGAGAACUGCAUUUCUGCUGUAGGAAAGAUAAUGAAAUUCAAGCCUGAUUGUGUAAAUGUUGAGGAAGUCCUGCCACACUGGUUAUCCUGGCUUCCACUUCAUGAAGAUAAAGAAGAAGCUGUUCAUACUUUCAAUUAUCUGUGUGAUUUAAUUGAGAGCAACAACCCAGUUGUCCUUGGUCCCAACAACUCUAAUCUUCCCAGAAUAUUCAGUAUAAUUGCGGAUGGUGAAAUUCAUGAAGCUAUUAAACAUGAAGAUCCAUGUACCAAGCGGCUGGCUAAUGUUGUUCGCCAAGUGCAGACAUCUGGAGGACUGUGGACAGAAUGCAUAUCACAGCUCAAUGCAGAUCAACAGGCAGCCAUACAGGAGCUUCUGAACUCUGCUUGAAGGGCCUUAAUUAUCAUCUGCAAGAAAACUAACUCCAAAUAAACGUUUACCCUAUUGUUUAGGUUUCUUUGUUUCUUUCUUGAGUAAAACAGAACUGUAGCGCGUGUAGGCCGUUCUUCUGCAACCUACAGGCAGUGGCAGCAGGAAGAAGCAUUCUCUGAGAAUGGUGGUUAAAUCUGUUUCUACCCCACAACACUGAAGAAGUUUCCUCUAAACCCUACAAUAGCACUGAAGAAUAUUUUUCUAACGGUAUAAGCCAUCCAUAUGAUGGUGAAAGGGAAACAAGUUGAAUUUUCUCAUUAGACAUAAUGAAUUAAGAAACAGCUUUAAGACCUUGUAUUCAGCAGUAGAUGUAUGUUAUAACAGAUUAAAAAAAAAAUUUCUCUACAUCUAGUGUUAAUUGUAUUAAUUGGAGUGUGAGUCUUUGUAGGGUAGAAAGCGUCCUUCUGCCCAGCAAGUUAGUAGAUCAAAAGAUGAAAAACUGAAGACAAAAACAUCAAGCAUGAAGACCUCAUUGAUCGCACUUUGAUUCCCAAAAACAACUUGUACAGUGACUCAAUGAGGAAAGCUGUUCAGCUUCCAGCCCUUGAAUGUGAAGUCUCUUUGGCAUGUCUGACAGUAUCUCAUUCACUCCUCAAUAAAUGACAUUGAAACACAAGAAGCUUGUGUAGAAGUUCA